GGAGUGUGGUAGCCUAUGACUGCGCCCUGAAGGGAGAGAGGGGAUGGAACUCGAUUUUUUUAAAUCCGCGCACAUAAAAUGAUUGACGUAGAAUUCUGUUGACAGCUGAUUUCUGAGGAUAGACCUACUCACAACAGAAACUGGACCUUGAAGUGCAUGGCGCUAUGAUGUCAAGUUACAGCAAACCAAAACUGGUGGAAUUGUUUUAUGAUGUAAUAUCCCCUUACUCAUGGCUAGCAUUUGAGGUGUUCUGUCGGUACAGGAACGUAUGGAAUAUCAAUCUGAAGUUGCGACCUGCCCUUCUGGGUGGAGUCUAUAAAGGUGCCGGUAACAGGAGUCCUGAUGAGGUUCCUAGAAAGUUCCACUACAUGGCAGCAGACCUACUCCGCUUGGGCUCCUACGCCAGAGUUCCACUCAGAGUUCCUGCUCAGCCUGUCAAUGUUUUGAUGGCCAAAGGUUCUCUGGAAGCCAUGCGCUUUGUGACUGCAGUGGCUGAGAAGGAGACAGGUGGAGAUGCCCAGGUGGAGAAGGUCUCCAGGGAGCUGUGGAUGAGAAUCUGGAGUAAUAGCCAAGACAUCACCCAGCUCAGCUCUCUUGCAGAGGUGGGUCUAAAUGCUGGACUAUCUGACAAGAAGGUACAAGAAUUACUGGAAAUGUCUCAGAGUAAGGCAAUCAAGGACAAGGUGUGGACAACUACCCAAGAAGCCCUUGAUUAUGGGAGCAGUGAAGAACAAGUAGAUCAGCUUGAGAGUGAACAAGUAGAUCAGCAUGAGAGUGAACAAGUAGAUCAGCAUGAGAGUGAACAAGUAGAUCAGCAUGAGAGUGAACAAGUAGAUCAGCAUGAGAGUGAACAAGUAGAUCAGCUUGAGAGUGAACAAGUAGAUCAGCAUGAGAGUGAACAAGUAGAUCAGCAUGAGAAUCAGCAUGAGAGUGAACAAGUAGAUCAGCAUGAGAGUGAACAAGUAGAUCAGCAUGAGAGUGAACAAGUAGAUCAGCAUGAGAGUGAACAAGUAGAUCAGCAUGAGAGUGAACAAGUAGAUCAGCAUGAGAGUGAACAAGUAGAUCAGCAUGAGAGUGAACAAGUAGAUCAGCAUGAGAGUGAACAAGUAGAUCAGCAUGAGAGUGAACAAGUAGAUCAGCAUGAGAGUGAACAAGUAGAUCAGCAUGAGAGUGAACAAGUAGAUCAGCAUGAGAGUGAACAAUUCGCGGAACGGAUGUACAGGACUGAGCGGUGGUCAUAUUUUGUACCGCUAUGCGGUACAUCUAGUUAUUUAUCUGCAUUUGUCUGUGUAACAUGUUUCUGCCGUUUGCUUUCAGGUUCUCUGGAAGCCAUGCGCUUUGUGACUGCAGUGGCUGAGAAGGAGACAGGUGGAGAUGCCCAGGUGGAGAAGGUCUCCAGGGAGCUGUGGAUGAGAAUCUGGAGUAAUAGCCAAGACAUCACCCAGCUCAGCUCUCUUGCAGAGGUGGGUCUAAAUGCUGGACUAUCUGACAAGAAGGUACAAGAAUUACUGGAAAUGUCUCAGAGUAAGGCAAUCAAGGACAAGGUGUGGACAACUACCCAAGAAGCCCUUGAUUAUGGGGGUUUUGGAUUUCCCCUCACAGUCUGCCAUGUAAACGGAGAGGCCAAAAUCUUCUUUGGAUCAGACAGAUUUGAACUAAUGGCUCACUGUCUCGGUGAGAAGUGGAUGGGACCACAGCCUGUGCACCCGUCAGUAACUCUCAGUCAACAACCAGCCUUUAUGAGAGCAGCCAUGGCCCAUUGAGACUUUCUCUUUGGACAGAGACAUUGAUAUCUUCUUUAAUGAAUUGGAU